CCUAAACAAACGAUUGAAUGCAAUUUUAGCUUGGGAAUCGCAGCGACCUUUGUUGAAAUACCAGAUUUUGAACCCGAUUUUAUACUAAAAAUCGACAAUUUUCGAAGAAACGAAUUGUCACUACUUCUAGACGAGAACAGACUGUACAAGUUCGAAGAAAUCAACUUUAACUAAAAAGAACCAAAAGGAACAUACUCAACAGAGAAAUUACUCAGGGCACAAUCAGCACAACCAAAGUAAAAUCACAAUCCAGAGCACAACCCAGUCAACACAAUCACCAGCUCAACUGAUACAAGAUGCUCAACUCUAUUGCAAGCUAUCUCUUCGGUCAGAAUGAGGAAGUGCCUGAGGGUGAGGUAGAAUUGACUGUUACCCCAACGGAGGCAAGUGACUGGGUCCUAGUAGACAAAUCUGGGGAAGUAAUGACGUGUAAUGAUGCAGAACUUCCUGGUAAUGUUUACGAAGGGGACGAUUUCAAAACCCCUGUAUCUUUCAUACCACACCACCAAACUGUAACUCCACCCUCUUUGUAUCAAUCAUCCAAUAAGUCAACGCCUAGCUCCUCAUCUCGUUCAACACCAACUAUUCCUGAUCAUGUGGGGCCAAACGAAAGUUGGUUUAUGACCCCACCCCCUUGUUUUAUAAAAGGGGGCCGUUCCCCACAUGCAAUAGUAGCUAACCCCUUGGAGGAUUUACUUAUAGAGCACCCAAGUAUGUCCGUCUACGGGAAACAUCGAAGUGACAGCAGAGGAAGUGAAAGCGACCAAUCAGUGUCUUCCACUGGCGAAACAUCAGAUAUUGAGGAUACACAACCUGUGCUUCGCCGGUCACCCCGCCGUCCAGCCCCUGUUGUAGACAGAGCAGGACUUUUAGUAAAGUAUACAAAAUCUAUGCAAAGAUCCCAGCAAAAACAAACAUCUAAGCGUCUGAGCCCUAAUAUGCUUGAGCGCACUAAUAAAAUUAGGCAACAUAAAUUCUUGGGGAAAACAAAUCGUCAGCAUAUGACGAGAAAACAGCCCGCUGCCCGCAGUUGCCAAAACAGGUGCUAAACAUGUCUUGAAAUGUGAGGAAUUUUGAGAACGAUCUGGCGAGAAAUUGGCUUAUGAUUCAAGGCGCUGAAAUAUGAUUUGACGUAAAUAACAGCCUACUGUGCUGAAAGACAAAGUUUUAAAUAAAUUAUAUAAUUGUUAUAUUUAAUAUAGGAAGAUAGGUAGUAUAUAUAUAUAGGCAGAUUGUGAUGGUCAUAUCAUCUCAUACAACAUGUGUUUACUCAAGCGUUUACUCCAGGAUUUCAACAAAAGAGACAUCUAUUUAUAUCUCUUGUGAUUUUUCAUCUAGUUGCCAGUGAUAUCUUUCUCAGGAACUUAGAACUACUCUUGUGAGACGUAUAUAAAUGUGUGUAUGAAAUCUGGAUGAUUGAAAAACAAACAAAAAUGGAAAAAGCUAUAAAAUAUUUAAAAAUAAUCUGUUAUGACAAUUAGAUAUUUUAUAUUUGUAUGUUUAAAGGUAUGCUAGUAUGCUAUACUAUAUAGACAAGACAAAUUCCCAUUUUCUCUUUAGGACACAUUGGUUCACGUAACAUUUUUGUUUACUAACCUUUUUAGAUUGAUAUUUUUCCAUUUACCAUUCUUGGUAAUGCAUUUAAGAUUAAUUUAUCUUAGAUAAGAUUAAUUUAUUUGUUAAUUGAUGAUUUUAGUGUGAAACUGCACUCUAUUUUUAGUUGAGGUUAGUUAAUCAAUAGAAUGUUUUUGAAAAAUUGUAACAUGAUCAUUGCAUGAUCACUAAUUUAAAAUGGACUCCCUGUUAUUGUUCAACAUUAUAUUCAAGACCUGAAAUUAUAACUAGCACUUAUCUCUUACAUCUCAGGACAUCAAAUUAAACAUUUAUUGCACACAAAUAUUGUUGGCUAUAAAUACCCCUCCCUGGCUCUCUCCUAACAAUGUGUUAAAAGAGCAGGAUUGGGAGAUGGGAUACAGGGGCUCUCAAUAUAUAAAAUGUUGUUGAAUUGUGCAAUUAUUUCUAAAAAAUGGCUGAGGAAGUUUUUUGUAGUUUAACCAAAAUGCAUAUCUCAUCAGUAAAACCACUUUCUUUUCAAUGUACUUGCAUAUUGGUUCACACUGCAUAUUGACCCACAUAUUUGAUGCCAAAUUAAACUUGCUUAUUUCAUGUUGUAAGCAAUAAAAAUUGCACACCACACCUAAAAAACUGCUCAUGCCAUGCCACCAAAAAUAUAUUGCAGAAAAAUGCAAAAUACAUGAAAUAAGGUUGAUUAAUCGGGUCACUCUUUGUUUACCAAAAUGUAUGGUCUUUUAUUUUUUGCAUUGACAUUGAGAGACAUUUCACCUCUAAAUUCCAAUUUUACCUUUUAGGAUUGUCAAGGUUUGGUUAAAGGCCAAGAUCAGAUGAAAUUAAUAAAUCACUGAUGGCACUAUUUUAAGUAGUGUUGCCCAAGUUGGUAUUUUUUACUUAUCUGAUCUU